CACAGUUAGAUCAUGGAGAUAGCUUAAUGCAGCAAAAGUAGUUUUUAUCAUUCACUCAUGGGGUGUUCUUGUUUCCUUCCAUUUUUCAUCUGUCAGAUACCCGGUCUCACCUCAACAACUAGCUUUGUGAUCUGGAUUUUGCUUUCGCUGCUCAGCCUUCAGCGGAAAUUGGUGCUUUACUAUUGGUCCCAACAUGUUUGUUGGCUCAACCUUUGAGGCUUGAUCUUAGAGCUAGAAGUUUGAGAAGCUUUUCUAGGGUGAUUUGUAAUCUGGUUUUUGGGCAUAUUGCCUUUCCUCCAGCAACUUUCCUUGUAGUGAAGGGGGUUUUUUCAGGUCUUGGCAGCGCUAAUGCUGGUGAUUUCUGGAAUUGGGUUAAGUCCCUUUGGGCAUGGAACAGUGCUACAUAUCUCUACAUCAGUAUGAUGCACCUGCCUUGCUGGCUGUUAUGCAUUUAUUUCCUAAUUCAUACUUGUUGACAUGGCUUAGUCAAUUUUGUUCUGCACGUCAUUGUUCACAAAUGAAAGUUGAAGAUCAUCAGCAAUUUUUCCUAUGUUGUGAUGCUAUCUGAUUGCAUGUUGGUUUGCAGAAUCCUAGCAGGGAUAUGGAUUAAUGUUGCAAUAGAUGCUGACAAUCUGUACUUUUUGCUUCAUGUUUAUGGCAGUACGAAACCAAGAAUUAAAACUGCCUUUCCAUUCUACAGCCACUUGCCAAAUGAAUACCUCUCAUAUCUCCAUCAGCAGCGCUUCAGGCACAAAAAUGGAGUAAACUUUGUUUUAAUAUGUACACUAACAAUCAUGGUUGCAUGUAAAACAAGCCUAUCGAUAUUUAGCAACCGUGUCAAGGUGCUUCUUUCCUUUUUAUUUUAAAUUUUAUGACAUUCAAUAGUGAGAUAGUUUUGAUCAGUAUCUUUCAUAUUUGACGUCAAUCAUCCUGAAGCUUAGAGUUGCAAGUCUUUUUGUAUGGGCGACAUUGUCAAGUGUUUUCUCUUUCAAUAGCUGGAUAUGUAUGUGCUUUACUGUUUUUGGUACCGGUUUUACUGGGUAAUUCUCAGCAGCUUCCUUUAUUAAUUAAAUUCAUGUAUUGUU